AUAUAUUUUAACCCGACAACAGGGAUGUACCAGGGGAUCCUUAAUUGACGUAGGACCGUCUUUGUGCGUCAUUUCCGCCUGACCCGGCAGUGCCGAGGCACACGUGGAGGAGUGAUGGCUGCUGACAAGCUGCAGUUUCAUGAGAUGGGUCUGGAGGAUCGCCUCUUAAAGGCGCUGGCGGACUUGGGUUGGGCGCAACCCACGCUGAUUCAAGAAAAGGCGAUCCCUCUUGCUCUGGACGGGAAGGACCUCCUGGCCCGGGCGCGGACUGGCUCCGGUAAAACCGCAGCUUACGGGAUUCCAGUUAUCCAACGAAUACUGACUUCUAAACAGACGGUGCGCGAUCAGGCAGUUCGGGCGCUGAUCCUAGUUCCCACCAAGGAGCUGGGUCAUCAGGUCCAGACUAUGAUCCGCCAGCUCAUUGCCUACUGCGCCCGGGAUGUGAAAGUGGCCGAUAUCUCCAGCAAGGCUGACCUGUCGGCACAGAGGCCAAUCCUGAUGGAGAAGCCAGACAUAGUAGUGGGCACACCCUCACGAGUACUGGCUCACCUCAACGCCCAGAACAUAACACUUAGCUCGUCACUGGAGACCCUGGUCAUCGAUGAAGCUGAUUUGCUUUUCUCCUUUGGCUUUGAAAGUGACCUCAAGAGUCUGCUAUGCCACCUUCCCAAGAUCUACCAGGCGUUCCUCAUGUCUGCCACCCUGAACGAAGACGUCCAGGCUUUGAAGGACCUUGUGCUCCAUAACCCAGUGACGCUGAAGCUUCAGGGAUCCCAGCUGCCAGACGGCACCCAGCUUCAGCAGUACAGCAUUCAGUGUGAAGAAGAGGACAAGUUUUUGCUCAUCUACACCCUACUGAAGCUGGGCCUGGUGCGAGGAAAGACGCUGAUCUUCGUGGGCUCCAUCGACCGCUGCUACCGCCUCAAGCUCUUCCUGGAGCAGUUCAGCAUCCCGGCCUGCGUGCUGAACUCGGAGCUUCCCGUCCAAUCCAGGUGCCACAUCAUCACCCAGUUCAAUCAGGGCUUCUAUGAUUACAUCAUCGCCACAGAUGAGCAGACCCUGGCCGACCCCACACUGGCGCCUCAGGCAAAGGGCAAGAAGAGGAAGAAUGUGGGCAAGGGGAGGGGCAAAGACAAAGAGUAUGGUGUGUCCAGGGGUGUUGAUUUUCAGAAUGUGGCCAAUGUCAUUAACUUCGACUUCCCCAACAACGUCGAUUCCUACAUCCAUCGUGUUGGCAGAACUGCACGAGCAGACAACCCUGGCACAUCACUGGCCUUUAUUUCACACGCAGAGCUCCCCCUGCUGGCUGAAAUUCAGGACGCGCUUACAGGAGAUAAUGAAAACUGUGCUUUGAAACCAUAUGCAUUUAAGAUGGAGGAAAUAGAGGGAUUCAGGUAUAGAUGUCGGGAUGCCAUGAGGUCAGUCACAAAGCAAGCCAUCAAGGAGGCCAGGCUGAAGGAGAUAAAGCAGGAGCUGCUCAAUUCUGAGAAGCUCAAGACCUACUUCGAGGACAAUCCCCGCGACCUGCAGCUGCUGCGUCACGAUAAGGACCUGCACCCAGCCAUCAUCAAGCCCCACCUGAAGAACGUUCCGGAAUACCUCAUCCCUGCUGCAUUGAAGGGCGUGGUCCGUCCCGUCACCGGCCGAAAGAAGCACAAACGUUUAAGAGCCACCCCCCUCAGUGUGACGAAGACCAAGUUCAAGGGUCACCGCAAAGGUGCAAAUCCACUGAAGAACUUCCGCUGUGCUACUAAAAGGGCCAAGAGAGGCGCCGGCAAGGCGGGAAAAUCCUAAACUCAUGAGCAGCUGCGCAGCCAUGCCAGCCAAUCAGAGGAGCGCUUCCGGGGAUCAGCUGCAAUGUUCCACUUCCUUGGACAGGGACUGAAAUUCCAGGAUGAGCUUUUUUUUGUGUGUUGAAAGCCUGAAAUCUAACAUCUGCUUUGGGAAGAAGAGACUGCAGCCUUGGACGCUGAUAAAUAUGAUUUAGCACGAUGGGAAUAUCAAUCCUUUUGCGCAGACAUUUCAUUUAUGACUGACUGAAUUACCCAGUGCGAGGUGAAAUUCUGUAUCCCUCCAGCUACGUCAGGGCUGUUACUGGCAGAUGGAGUGAUGCUAUUGGACUGUAGCUUCUAAAAGCUCAAAUCAGCACAUGGUUAGAUGUUUGGACACCCUGCCGGCGGCCAUGUGGGGUAUGACAUACCGUAUAGAAAGAGAUUUACACCGUGCCUGGGAUGUUAACUCCCCACAUUACUAUGAUGUAUAACUAUUUAUCUGUACAUUCUUUUUUCAUUUUGGAAAACAAUAUAUAACUGGCCAAAAAGUGACAGCUGAGCAGGCCUGAAGUUCACAAGUUGCAAAAUCUAACAGAAAUAAACACAUUUUGCUACCGCUG